AUGGAUCAAGUAACAAGGGACAUACAAUGUGAGAUCCCAUGGUGUAUGCUCUUUGCAGAUGAUGUGGCGCUAAUUGGAGAGUCCAGGACAGAGGUGGAGAAAAAGCUUGAGCUCUGGCGGCAAUCUCUGGAAUCUAAGGGAUUCAGACUUAGUAGGACCAAGAAUGAAUACCUAAGGUGUGACUUCGAUGAUCCCAGACCGUAUGUUCGGGAUGUUUUAAAUGGAUACCUUAAUACCUUCAAAUAUCUGGGUUCGAUGAUCCAAAGAGAUGGUGGGAUUGAAGAGGACAUUCGACACCGGACCCAGGCAGGAUGGGAAAAAUGGAGACUGGCUAAAGGUGUCUCGUGUGACCGGAAAGUCCCUCUAAAGCUUAAAGGAAAGUUCUACAAAACGACGAUUCGACCCGUGAUGCUUUAUGGCGCUGAGAAUGAAUAUGUUCGCAAGAAGCUGAAGGUAUCAUCAAUCAAGGAUAUGCUCUCCCAACAUCGGUUGCGUUGGUUUGGGCACUUACGUCGAAGACCUCCUAAUGCGCCGGUCCGAGUAGGUCGCAUCUUGCGCCGUGAGGGUAGGAUGAAACGUAGAGGACGACCGAAACUUACGUGGGAUGAGUCGGUGAAGCACGACUUGAAGAAGCGUCAUUUGGCUAAGGAAGAUCCUUUGGAUAGACAAAAGUGGAGAGUAGCGAUCCACGUGAAAGAGAUCUUUCGUGCACAGCGUGCCCGCUUGAAACAACUUAUCCCUGGUGCUCGUGCUCGCGCGGUCUUAAAAGCUUGGAUGGCGUGUUCUACUGGAGACGGUAGUUCCUUGAUGGAAAAUACGUGUUGGCGUAUGAGUGGUGUUUGGUCCUCGGUGCUGGUUGGCUCCCGCUCCACGCGGCGACAACAAGCCCGACUACCUCUUCAACAUCUUCCCUGA